UGGCAAGAGGGAUUCCAGAAGCAAACUUCUAUCCGAACAAAGCAGAUCAAAGUUUGUGUAUAAAACGAAAAAGUUUCAGUUCGACGUGCCACCAUAUAUAUAUAUAUAUCAGGAUCAGGAUGCGAAAGAUGCAAGUUCUAGUGCAGACGAUCGAUGGCAAGAUGAACGUCUACGAGGUGGAUCGCUUCGGAACGGUGGCCAACCUGAAGGCACGGAUCGGGCGAGCCAUGUCCGUGCCCAUGGGCUUCAGUCGGCUGUCCUACAAGGGUCGCUUGCUGUCCAAUGAGAUCAUACUGGAGGAUGUGACGCCCAAGCAACUGUGCGAAAAGAGGAGCGGCAAGUUCAUCAAGUUUGGCUAUGGCAGGAAAGACAAUGGUGAUGGCAUGCUUACAUUGAUCGGCGGUUACCAGCAACGCACGGAUCAGGCAGGUGGCGAUGAUGAACUGAAGGCCGAGGACUUGACUGGAUUCGAUUUGUUGCCCCAUGAUUUUCUGGACAACGGCCAGACGGAACUGAAGCCGAUUGCUCUAUUGGAUCUCAUGGAUUCCACGAAGACGGACAAUGAGAAGUAGACUGCAAUAAAUAAUCUUCAAUUCAAAUGGUUUUGACAUCAUUUCAUUUCGAAAUUCCUUCAAGCCAAACGAU